AUGUCCGCAUCCCUCGUGGCGCCUCUCGUUGUUAAUUUAUUCUGUAAUAGUUACAGUGUUUUUAAUAAUAUUUUACGACAUGGUAAAAAUUUUACAAUCGCACGUACUGCACAUGGGAGUGCAGUAUAUGUUGAAGGACGAAAAAUUUCUCGUGAUAAAAUGAGAGAAAAUUAUCUCAAGAUGAAGGAGAAAUGUAAAUCUAAAAAAUUACCACCGGAUGUCAAUGCAAAUGGAGUAUUCGCCUGUAAUGAAUUAGAUUUAAAAGAAGUUAAAGUUUAUGGAUUUGAUUACGAUUAUACAUUAGCGUGUUAUAAACCAUCAAUGGAUUAUUUAUUAUAUAAUUUAGGCCGCGAUAUGUUAAUUAAAAAAUAUAAGUAUCCUGAGGAAAUCGCUCACUUAGAAUAUAACAAAGACUUUGCCAUUCGUGGUCUUCAUUAUGAUAUCGAAAAAGGUUUGCUUUUGAAACUCGAUAGUUUUCUUCAAAUACAACUCGGCGCUGUUUAUCGCGGGCUUCAUCCGGUUCCUGACGAGGAGGUUCUUAGAAUUUAUAAAAACCGGAUCAUACCGAUUGCUUAUGUCGAGUCACAGCAUAAAAACUCUCAGGAUGGACCACAUCGUCAAAAAAUGAUCCAAUUAGCUGAUUUGUUUUCUGUACCAGAAAUGGGAUUGCUGUGCAAUGUUACUGAGUAUUUUGUAAGAAAUCAUAUCGAUUAUCAUCCAGAGAUUCUUUUCCGAGAUGUUAAAAACUCCGUUCAAAGUUGUCAUCCAAUAAUGCACCAGUUGGUCGCAAAUAAUGUCACGGACUACCUCGAAAAAAAUAAAGAUCUAACGAAAUUUUUCGACCGUCUUAAAGCAGCAAAUAAAAAAAUGUUUUUAGUAACAAACAGUCCAUUUCAUUUUGUUGAUAAAGGCAUGAAAUUUCUCGUUGGAGAUGACUGGAAAAAUUAUUUUGACGUCGUAAUAGUACAGGCCAGGAAACCAAGAUUUUUUACUGAUGAAUCAAGACCUUUGAGAGUUUAUGACGAAAAUCUACAAACACAACUUUGGGACCGUGUUACGAAACUUGAUAAAGGGACAAUAUAUCUUGAAGGUACUGUUAAACAACUGCAAGAUAUGACAGGAUGGAGAGGUCAUCAGGUUCUUUAUUUCGGAGAUCAUCCUUAUAGUGAUUUAGCAGAUGUCACUCUUGAGCAUGGCUGGAGAACGGGAGCAAUAAUUCAGGAAUUAACCUACGAAAUUGAGAAUUUGAAUAAACCAGAAUUCAAAGAAAAUGCUAAUUGGCUUCAAAUGCUAACGUCACUUAUUGAAGAGCAUCAAGAUUACGAUGGACCAGAAGUUCAAGAACAAUUGGCCGAAUGGAUGGUAGAACGAGAUCAAUUACGUAUCUCAUUAAAACGUGUAUUCAAUAAACAAUUUGGAUCUGUAUUUCGAACUUAUCACAAUCCAACAUAUUUUUCACGAAGACUUUUCAGAUUCGCAGACAUUUACAUGAAUAAAAUAACUAACUUACUUUACUUUUCAAACACACACACAUUUUAUCCAAGACGCGGUGUCAUGCCACACGAGUACACUAGUUAUUUUAUGUAAAAAAGUUAUUUUUUUUUUUCUAUACUUCAUUGAAUUACUUUGUGAUUUAGUAUUAUCGAUUACAAGCUUGAAAGACAUCGAAAUAACCGACAUGUAAAAAUAUUUGUAGUAAAAAUAAAAAUGAAAAAACAAACAAAGAAGUAAUGUUAUAGAUAAUUGAAGACGAAAUAGUUUUCAAUUAAAAAAAAAAAAAAA